AUGCAGAGGACGGUGGAUUUCAAGCUCCCACACUUCUUCAACUACCCGCCCUACUUUACUUUGCAGCCUGUGAGAGAAACACGUGAAAAGCAAGUGCAGCUAUGGAAAGAGCUGAUACUUGAUUACUGUAGAAGUCAAAAGAUGUAUAUAAUCUCCCUGGAAGAAGAUUUUCCGUUGUUCUCCAAUCCAAAGAUUGAGAGAUCUCUAAGCUAUGAAGCAAAGGAAGUGUUCCUUGCAGCUCUUGUUAGUGAAGGGCGUGCAGAGUGGAUUGACAAAAGUCACAAGAAGUGUCUCAUUCUUUGGCUGCGGAUUCAAGAUUGGGCUAACUACAUACUAGACUUCGUAAAGGAAAAUGGGUUGGAAGUAACAACAAUUGAAGAUAUACGCUCUGGAAUUGAAACGCAUGGGACCGAACUUGCGGGAAUUGAUCGUGGGGUCCUCAUGCGAGCUUUGAGGCUGCUGGAACAAAAGGGAAAGGCAGUUAUCUUUAAGGGCAGUUCAGCAGACGAUGAAGGCGUCAAAUUUUCUGUUUAA